AUGUCAUUUACAUAUUUUAGUGAUGAAGUGAUUGAAAGUUUUGGAGGGAGUGGAAUAGAUCCACUUUUUGAAGUUAUUGAAUCAUAUCAAGAAUCAGACCCAGAGUCAGAGGAAGCUCUUGCUGUAUUAUUUACAGAGUUACUUCUUGUAUUUGACGAGGGCCAAUUAGAUGUCAAUGAUGUAAAGAAAUUUUUAUCCCAAGGUAUCAAGUCAGAUGAUCAUGCUAGAAUUUUCUUCCAAGUGCUCAAUUCAUUUGCAGUUUCGAAAAAUUUACGAGACCUCAUACACUUGUUAUUCCGAGACAAUAAGAUCAAACCUGAAACUUUGGCGUUACAUCUUCAUUCAGAUUUUAUAAAAGAGGUGGAAAUUGUACAAAAGGAUUAUUUAAAUAAGCUGAUAUCUCAUAGUGUUAGAGAUCAAUCUCUUACCCAAAAGAAAUUCAAUUUGCUCCAUGAAGAAGUUGAAGGUUAUUCCAAAUUCGUUGCCGAGAUAUUUGCAAUUUUUAGAGAACAGGAUACUGAAUUUAAAAUAGAUUAUGCUUUACAAAUUGUUGAUAAAUUAAUUGGUCAUUAUGAUUUGGAUCCUAAUAGAUGUUUAGAGAUUUUAUUAGAGAUUUUCGGGGGAUCAGUUGUUUCUAGCUAUCGAAGUAUUUUGAAAUUUCUUAAAAAAAGUAGGUGGUGGCCAAGAGAACCAAGUGAUUGUUCUUCAUUAUUGAAAUUGUCCAAUGGUGGGAGUGCAACCGCCGCUAAAAUUAUUGGUAUGAAGAUAAAGGCUUCCGCUUCUCGUGAGUUAGGCGAAACAAGUAAAAUGUUGUUUGCAAUUUUAAUCAAGGAAGGAUUCGUUAGUUUUGGAUCAGUGUACAAGUAUUUAGCUCCUGAUGACGAGAAAAUGAAAAAGCUAGAGGAAGAACAUAAGAAAAAGAUGGAUCGUGAUGUUCUAAUUGCAGGAGCAAACGCGCUUGCACUUGCCGCUCCACUUGCAGACGACGAGGAUGAAGAUUCGAAUUCAAAGACUAAAAAGAAAACCACCGCGGACCAGAAAACUGAAAAGAAUGAAAUAAAAUCUUUACUAGCAGGUAAUACAAAGUAUCAGUUUUUAAAGGUUUUCCUCACACUUGGACUUUAUUGGCCAUCAAUAUUCAUACUCACAGAAUAUCCUUAUUUGGCACAAAUUGAUGAGACCAUACCGGUGUUAAUCAAUAGAAUGUUUGCAGCAACUAUUGAACCAUUGUAUAAAGAGGGAAGAAUCUUAACCAAUGAAGAGGUACACAACAUGCAUGAGUCAAAGGGGAUUGCAUUCAGUCGUUCACAUAACUCCGUCAAUAUUGAACAUUCACCUUUACAGUACCUCUUGACAUUUAAGGCUCCGGUUAAAGAUUUUGCUGGUAAAAGAUUCAAGUUUUUCUAUGAGGAGUGGACACAUCAACUCCCGAAAGUCCAAGACAUUGACUCUUUAAUUCAAGUUUCCAAAGAGUUAUUAAUUUUCAAUGGUCCUAAUUUAGCGCAAAGUACUAUUAUUUUCAAUAAGCUUUGUGAGGUUAUUCAAACAUUGAUGACCAAAGAAGAAGACAAACCAAAAAUUUAUUCCUAUUUUAGAAACUUCAUUUUCCCAGCAAUGCCAUUGAUUGAAGAAAAUUCAAUUGCCAUUGAUAAAGCAUAUGAAAUAUUAGGAAAGUAUCCAAUCGAAGAUAGAUUUAGUUUAUAUGGUGAACUUUACCUCGUACUCGCCAAAAAUAACCCAUUGAUUAAAAUAGCAUACAGUAAAGCAGAGAAAUCAACGAAAGAUGUUUUAAAGAGAUUGUCUAAAGAAAACGUCAGACCAAUGAUGAGAAGGUUGGCAAAAAUCAGUGUUUCAAACCCGUUGCCUUGUUUAUUGACCAUCUUACAACAAAUUGAAAGUUAUGAUAACUUGAAUACUUUGGUCGUUGAAACGGCAAGAUAUUUUAAUGCGUAUGGUUGGGAUAAUUUGACUGCGGCCAUAUUGAUGAGACUUGCGUCUACUAGAAGCAGUACUUAUAAUGGUAUGUCUGAACGUCAAUGGGCGCAAUCAUUAGCUUCAUUUAUUGGUAAAAUAUGCCAACGUUAUCCACGUGCCAUAGAUAUAAAGACAAUAUUGUUAUACAUCUUGAAAUCAUUCCAUUCUGGUGAAACUAUCGGUUUAUUGGUGCUUAAAGAAAUGUUUAUUUCCAUGGGAGGUAUCCAAACUAUCACCAACUUAACCUUAAACCAAAUUGAUUUGAUCAAUUGUGGCUCUUCUUUGCAAAAAAUCGUUUACAAUACUAUUGAUGAUUUAAGAUUUGAAAGACAAUAUACCGGGAAGUAUCUUAUAAAGUGUUUGGGUGAACUAGAUGCUAUCAAUGAAUUGCUUAUUUUGCUUUGUCGAAUUUCCAGUCAAUUAACGUUUACUGGUGAUGAAGAGUAUUUAAAAGUUUUGGUGAGCAAAAGCGAUGAUUUAAAUUCUGUUAUUAGAUUAUUUGUCACUUUGAUAAGCUUAUAUGGCCUGGAAUUAAAUUUGAUGUCAGUAAAGGAAUUGUAUGAUUUGGGAGUUCCUUUGCCAUGGGCAUUUGAGGUUUGGAGAGCUAAAGGAGAAAUACAAAUGGACCAAUUACCAGAGGAGAUCCAAAGCUCUUUGUUUAACAACUUUUGGAAAUUAUCCUUGCAUGACAUCAACUAUUCUGAUGAUCUUUACGAACAAGAGACUCUGAAAUUGGAAUCAAAUAUCAAGAGUUUAACUGAUUCAAUUGCACUCAAUAUCAAAAACAAGGAAGUGUCACGUGCAACAAUUGACAAACAAAGAAAGGAAUUGGAUUUCAGUAAAGAAUACGAAAAAAGUUUACCACAAGAACGUGAUUCACACAAGGAAGAAAAUAAGAUGGUCAGCAAACAAUUGGAAGAAGUUUCUGCUGAUUGGUUUGAAAACUUAAAAGUCGAAGAUUUCAUUCAACAAUGUAUUUUCCAAAGAACUGCCAGUUCAUCAUUUGAUGCUGUUUAUUCUGCUAGAUUUAUAUUCAAAUUGCAUUUCUUAAAGACAAAGAAUUAUUCAUUGGUAAAUGUCUUGAAUUUGUUAUUUAAAUCAAGAAUUUUGUUUGGUACAUUGUUUACUUCUACACCAACUGAAGCUGAAAACAUUGGAUUGUUUUUUGCCGAUAUUUUAAAGAUUUUACAAGGUUGGACAAACGAAGAUAAGUAUUCUGAAGUUGAAUUGAAAGACAAAGAUGGCGAUACAAUAUCAUUUGACGACUUUAGACAAUUGCUUUUUGAAUAUCAUUCUGUAAUUUUGGAAGAAGUAAAAAUUGGGUUGCAAGUCACCGAGUAUAUAUCCCGUAAUAACACCAUUACAUUUUUGAAGAACUUAUUGGGAGUUUAUCCUGUUGUGGUCGAACAUUGUGAAAAAGUGGUGAAAUUGAUUGAAUAUUUAGCUUCUACAGAAGAGAGAAACGAUUUGAAAUUAGCAUCAAACGCAUUGUUGGUCCAUAUCAAGUCAAGAUCCAAGGAGUGGAUUCCAACUUGGGAUUUCAUAUUAAUGAGUGAAGAGGAUAAGCAAAAAUUAAUUGCUGCUAAAGAGGAAAUUAAAAGACGUGCUGCUCUUAGGAUAGCCAAGGAGAAACAAGCUAAAUUAAAGAAAUUAAAAGAAGAACGAUUAGCUAAAGAAGAACAAGAAAGGUUGGCUAAAGAGGAAGAAGAAGAAGAGAGGAAACGUAAAUUACUUGCUUCAACGGCCAUGAACUAUGAUUCAGGUGCAAGUGGUACAAGAGUUGCUAGUCGAGGUUCAACUAUUGAAAGAUCAUCUUAUGAGAAAUAUGCACAAGCCAAUGAUAAUAAACAGGAAACUACUAAAUCAGGGACUGCCAAUGCCUCAUUAGACAAACAAACUCCAGCUCCUAGUGAUUCAAAGGUUGAUGACAAACAGUCAAAAGAUACUACUAGUACAACAAGUGAUUCAGCUUCCAAGGAGUCUUUACAAACAAAACUCAAUGAAAUGAAGAAAGCAUAUAAUGAAAUGAAAUCAACAGAUGACGAUAAAAAGGAUAACCAUCAAACUUCGAAGACCGAAGAGUCCACAACAAAGAAAGACGUUGAAACGCGCGAUGAGAGAUCUUCAACCGAUACCAAUGGUUCACCAGAUAAACCAAAUGAGAAUGUUUCUAGAAGACGCACACCAUUGCCACCUCAGGAGGCGAUUAUUAAAGCUUCAAAUAAAGAUAUCACAAAGGAAAAUGGAGAAACCAAACGUUCUCCAUUGCCUCCACAGAAUGAAAUAAAGGGUGGCCGUUCAAGUUUCACUUCUGCAAGACAACCAUUGCCUCCACAAGAUAGAGUGGUUAGAGGAAAUGUACAACAAGGAAGAUUUGAUUCAAGAUCAGGUAGAGGUGGUGUAUCACUGUUACCCCUUCCUCCACCUUCACCUCCGCCACCACCACCACCUCCUCCACCAAAGCAGCAGCUUUCUAGAAGAGGUGCCGGGGGAAGAGGCGACAAUUAUGGACGUGAUAUUGGUUCUAGACCUUCUAAACUCCGUGCUCCAACAUAUGACAAUAGACAAAGAGGAUCAGGACCAAAUGGGGGACGUGACCAUAGAGGUAAUAACGGUAGAUCUGAUAACAAAAGAAAAGGUGAUGGGUUUGGUGGUAGAGGUUACGAUAAGAGGUCUAGAUAUUAA